AUGGAGCCUCGAUCCCUAAUUCCGUCAUGGUCUACCACUCCUCUACCCAACAUAACCUUAUCAGCCAGCGGUCUUCUCGUCCUCGCCGACCUUCGUACCAUCUCCCGUCGUACUGCUCUCACAGGCGGUGCCUCAUGGAUCGAUUCUCUAGUCCUCGCCCCGGGUUUGCAUUACCAACAAGCAUGCGAUGACCUGGAACGUGAAGCUCCAAUCGGCUUAAUAGCACUAUCUUCUCAGACCCUCGGCCAGAUACAAUAUGCCGUGAAGAAUACCAUGACUGCGAGUUAUCUCAAGAGUCUUGUCAAAGAUGGCGCCGAGAACAUCAUCACUCUUGAUGUUGGACUAGACACCCCUUGGGAUGUAGUCAAAAUCGUGGGCAAGGUCAUUAGAAAACACAGGAUAUCAGAUGAAGAAGACGACGAUGAGGAUCACGAAGACUGGGCAUCACUGUCCGAUGUCGACUGGCUCAGUCACCUCCUUUACCUAAUCAGUCCCCUUAUAACAUCAACUUCCAUAGCCUUCAUGGUAAUCUUUGAAGACUGGUGGGGCCUCGCAAUUCUCCUUACUCUCGUCAGCUCUCGCAUCCUCAACAUCUGGGCCAUAAAGCAACGCAUGACGCACUCAGAACCAUCACCCGAAAGUCUAACCAUGACUGAAUACACCGUCGAUCUUGGCGGAGGACACAGCGUGCGUCUACGCGGUCCAGAUGCAGACUUACAAGCUCUUGUUACUCAUGCUUGGCUACGUACACAGUCGAGUCUGGAGGGUUAUCUUGAGGCAGCGGCUAAGUUGAUGGUAUACAUGUCUGCUGCACUGGGAGGAAACAUGACACAGGCUGGAGCGAUUGUGCUCAUUGGACUACUACUUACCAGCGCUGCACUUUUGGGACUGAGCAAUGCACAUGCGCGAGGGUUUCGUAUGCACGGUCGCUAUGCGAUGCCUCAGCAAACGAAGAUGAAGGCUGUGGAAGUUCGCAGUAACAGUAGUACUUCGGCGGGAGAGGCGCAACCCGGAUUAGUUUAA